CCGUAAGAAUUUCGUAUGAAUCAGUAGAAAUUCUAAAGUCGUCUAUUGGGAUUUUGAAUUCAUCUACUCGAAUUCCCGCGAGGCCUGAAAUGCGAAAGAAGGCAUUUCGGGGUUCCGCAAACCACCUAUUGGGACUUUGGAAGUGUUUAGCAUAUUGUUUUCGUGAAAUAUGAAGCGGGCAUAAACCAUGGCUAAAACCAACCUACUGCGAUUACUAUAAAGAAAAGCUUCUCACCUACUGAGAUUACAUCAACCAUCAAAGGGGACCAACAACCAAAUCCUCUGCUUCACUUCAGUUUUAGUCACAUCAUAUCCCAAGGCAAAUUAUGCAUAACAUAGCCUGAACAGAUGGAUAAAGCGUCUUCACCAGCAACCAGUUCUCAAAUACACACAAAUUUCUAAACCACCAAACCGAAAACCCACAAACAAGCAAGCUCUAAAAUGCCGAGCAAAUAUAUUACUCACAACCCAGAUUAUAUUGCGGUGAGCACACAUGCAUGUGUGAUGUGCCCAGGACAAGGAACUCAUCAAGACAACUGUGCUUCGCACGGCCGAUCGAGCCAAGGUGAGCCGGCAUGGCGCACGCCAAGGGGAGGAAGAAGCUGCACUGCACGGCGUGCUGCGUGGCGCUCGGCGUGCUCGUCGUCCUGGGCGCCCUGGCGCUGGCUUUCUACCUCCGGUACCGUCCCCGGCCGCCGCGCGUGGUGGCGACGCCCGUGGACCUGAGCAUCGACGAGUUCAGCCUCCUCCCUCAUCCGACCCUCAAGAUCUCAGUGGGCGUGCACGUGGUGGUGAGCAACCCGAGCUACGCGCCGUACCGGUACGGCGCGACGCUGAGCCCGGUGACGUACCACGGGGAGCCCGUGGGGGAGACGCUGGUCCCGGCCGGGGAGAUCGGCGGGCGGUCCACGGCGCGAAUCGAGCCGGCCACGGUGGUGGACGGGGUGAAGGUCGCCGAGAGCCCGCACUUCGCGUCGGACGCGGUCGCGGGCGUGCUGCCGUUCGUGGCCGUGGCGAGGGUGGUGGGCCGCGCGCUGGUGCUGCGGGCGUUCGAGGUGCCGGUCACGGUGGAGGUGGUGUGCUACGUCCGAAUGUACGUGUUCCACGGGGAGAGCAGCUCGCGCUGCGUCUCCACCGUCCGCACCGGAUCGGGGUCGGGGUCGGGGUCCGGCUCGUCGAGGUAGGGGACGGGGUUCCCUGCAGGGGCUGCGCUUGCGCAUGAUUAGACGUACGACGGUGACGGUGCGCCGUCUGAUCAGAGGAUUUGUUCAUGGGUGGCUACGAUUUUACGGGUUUGUGGUGUGGUUUCAGUUUUUUCUGUACACGGUAUCUGAGAAAUUAUGAAUUGAUUACGUUUUUCUGUACACAUUUUACGGGUUUACGGUAUCUGAGAUUUUUUUUUGUACACAUUUUCCUCUCAUGAGCCUAUUCUUGUAUCCGUUUGAACCAAGAUAUUAUUGAGAACUGGUGCAGCAAAAUGAGAGCAAUAUUAUGCUUUUAAA